CUGAUAGAGUUAUUAUAGGGAUGAGAUGAAUUAGCAUAUGCAAUGUCCCUAGCACUUUGCAGAUCCUUAAUAAAGACUGAUUCUUCUCUCCCAAUACAACUCUGGCUAUUUAUUAAUUUGUUCUGUUUGUCACUCUCCUUGAUUUCUUAGCAUUGGUGUUGGUGACCUACCUGUUAGGAUCAUCACAGGUCCCGUCCCACAUCACUCGGGGUGUCAGCAAGUUGUGAGUGACAAAUCAAUGAUCUGGACACUAUAGGUAGCUAGAUGCCCACCUGUAUCUCUUGGUAUGCAGAGAGACACAGCACUAGGAACUGGAUAAGGACACAAUAUGCCCUUCUUUAUCAUACCAAGUUUUUCCCUUCCAGGGAAAUAAACUUCAGUUACCAAAAUUAAUACCUAAUCUUGUCUUGACCAUCCUUCUGCACUAUAUCCAAUUGUAUAACUCUCUAAUGCAAAAUACUAGUAAUAAAUGACUGAACACAAUUUAGGGUUUUUAAUUUUUUUUCAGAGACAGCAUUGGCCUUCCUAGAUUUUUUGGAUUGCUAGAAGGAGCCACUACCUGCUCCUUUCCUUCAUUUUUGUCUAUUAUAUAUAGUGAAUGUCCCCUACCCAUUCAGAACUCUUGCUCUGCCCACCACCUCUGACGGUUUUUACAGUGUAACUGUGAUUAUGGCAAAUACACUAACUACCAAUUGGGCUACUCAACGCUUGCCUUAAACUAAACCCCAGAAAGGCUGGACACCGUUAUGGAGAGACUGACAUACUUCUAUUGUUGCUAACAGGGGGUACCUAACUUUUAAAUCUGUUUAAGAAUUAACCUUGUGUUUCUAAUUAGCACACGUUUGCUAUUGACGGUGGCCAUGUUUUCUGAAGCAAACAUAACAUCUAAUAAGCAAAAGAGUAUUUUUAGGAACAGGCAACUAUAUUAAAUGAGAAUUGCUACAGAAAUUCCUAGGCUUGGCGGUUGUGCAGCUACUAAACAUGUGUACUAUUUAAAUUAUAACAGACCUAUGAUCUCAUUCUACUUUCAGAAUGGAAACGGUAAACAUUUUAACAUGGUAAUUGGGGAUAACAGGAGCUGAUGGAAAGAAAUCUGGGAUUAUCGGCGUUUCUCUAUCCGCCUACCACGCCAGACAGGGCCAGUCUCUCCAGUUGGGGGCACUGCGUGGGGGACAGCGACCGCGCCUCCAAGCGGCGCACCGCGAGUACGCGCGUCUGCGCUGGGGCCUCGCGCGCGUUCCACGAUGGAAGACUGCGCGUUUAAGUGUCCCUGGCAACGCCACGCUUCCGCCUUCUGGAAGCCUGCACUCCAGCUUCGAGUGUGAGAGACCCGUCCCGGUGGGAGGGACCUGGGCUGGGGGGGACGGUGGGGGAAUAGGGGGAUGGGGACUGGGGAAGCUUCUGGGAACAUUUGCUCUAGGGAUUGAGCUAAACUAAGAAAAAUUGGUCCAAGGCUCGGCACAAAAGGAUCUUUUCAUUCCAGUCCUUUCGCCCACGCAGGGAACGAUGCCUCUGGAGGUGGUGGUGGAGCUGCAGAUCCGGGCGAUUUCUUGCCCAGGGGUGUUCCUGCCUGGCAAGCAAGAUGUGUACCUCGGGGUCUACCUCCUGAAUCAGUACCUGGAGACAAACAGCUUUCCCUCUGCGUUCCCCAUUAUGAUUCAGCAGAGCAUGAGAUUUGAAAAGGUAUUUGAAAGUGCAGUAGAUCCUGGAGCUGUAGUAGACCUUUUGGAAAUGUGGGAUGAGUUGGCCUACUAUGAAGAAAACACACGGGAUUUUCUUUUCCCAGAGCCCAAGCUGACACCUUCGCACCCUAGGAGGUGUAGGGAAGUGCUCAUGAAGACGGCUCUAGGUUUUCCAGGAAUUGCUCCUAAAAUAGAGUUUUCUACAAGGACAGCCAUCAGAGAAAGUGUGUUUCUGCAUAGAAACAGAUUUCUUGAAGAAAGGCAUAAGUCACGAAGGCCUUUAUCUACAUCACAUGAACCAAUAUUUCCCUUAAAUACUAUAAAGAUGAAACUAAAGGAGAAUAACCUCAACAGACUGCCCAAAGGCAUGCAAGCCCAGGCGCCCUCUCCAUAUUCUACCAGGCAUUUCUUCCAGGACCAGCCAGUUCAGUUGAACCUUGGAAAUAAUUUCAAAAUCUCUGGAGGAAGCAAGCCUCCAUUUGUUGUUAGACAUGUGGACAGUGCAAAGCCCUUUGGUGAGAAUAUUUCAGAGCAUCAUUUGAGGAGGUGUAGAAGAAAAUCUAAGUUUUCAGACUUUCCGUUUCCAAUGAGAAGAGCUUCUUCUCUUGACAGCCUUGCAGCUAACGUAAAGGUUAUCAGAGAGCCAGAUGAACGGAUUAUUUUAAGGAGUGACUCAUCAUCACGUUUAGAUUCAAGUCAGUUUGGAAAGUCCUCAUCCAGUAAACAAGGGGAUGCCGAUUUCCACCGGAAAGCUUCAUUUGCCACCUCCCAGCAUUCCAGCUCUCCGGGACCCUUGGAUCAGCCCCUUCUCAGAGAAAGGUUCCAUCCUGGUUCUCAGUCCACUUGGAAGAAUAUCCAUGAGAGGGUAUGUAGUCUUCUGACAUCCCACAGAGCACAGCAGCACCAAAAUAAGGAAGAGUCUACCUCUGAAGUAAAUUAUAUCAUUGAAAGACCAAGCUACCCUCUGAAGAAAUACCCACUGCAUGAACAGAGAUAUUUUUAAGCUGCUGUCUUAUAUAAGGGAAAUUAAUGAAAGCUGAAGGAGGAUCAUGAAGAGCUCACUCACUACGACAAUUGAAGCAUCCUUAAAGAAAUGAAUAAUUUUUGUUGUCUAUGUUGAAUCACUGAUGUCUAAUCCCCUUUAAACCAAAUGCUGUACUCAGUCUUUUGUGCCUAGGUAAGAGUUGUUGAUUAAAGUGUUUGCUGUUUGGGGGCUCACAUUUUCUUGUCAAGCUGGAAAAUUUGUGUUUUUGCAUGUUUAUUUUGAACAUGAAAGAGAAAGCACUGUAGUUGGGUGGCAGGUGCUUAUCCAUUUGGAAAGCACUUCUUAGAAUUCUAACAAAAAUGUCGAGAUGCGUUUUAAGGUAUUCUUCAUUUUUGACAGUGGAUGUGUUCUUGAAAACUUCUUUCUUUCUCUCUUCUUCCUUCUGAUCCCUUUCUCUCUGUCUCUCUCUCUCUCUCUCUCUCUCUCUCUCUCUCUCUCUCUCUCUCAUUAAUUAUAUAUGAGCUAGAGGAAGUUGCUAUUCACAGGAAUAACCUGAUAAAUCCUCCAGAAAAGACUGUCAACCUGACUUUCUCUUUUUGGUAUAUCCUUUUUUGUUGUUGUUUAUUUCUUAGUGUUAGGCUUGAUUUACAUGAAGUCCACUAAAAACCUUGGAAAACAGCAUUACAUCUGGAUAAUUCAGAUCUUGUUUUAAAUGUUGAAUAUCUGUGAUAAAUUUGUAAGAGGAGGCUAGCUCCUUUGGAGUGUAGUUUAAACUGCUCCUUCUGUUUCCUACUCCUUUGUUCCAGCAAUUCUUUGUAAAUUUAGAUGAGGAAAAAAACCUUCCUCAAAUAUUUCUCCAAAAGAACUACACAUUAAGUAAAUAGGUUCUACAGAUAGGACUGCCAAUGCCAGGUUUUAAAGUUAGUUAGGAAGGUGCAUUUAUGAAAUGCUUACGCAGUGUGAGGGAGCAGGAAGAGGAAGGGGAUGGGAUAAAGGGAGACUAGAGGCACAUUUGUCUUCAUUGAUACAGACCCAGAGAAGAGGGGUCUGAAAAUGGAAACUUAUGUCCCUUCUUCAUAGUAUAACAUAGCAUUUUCCUCUACCAGCCCUACUAUAGUGUGAAUGUUUGUGUUCCCUCAAAAUUUGUAUGUUGAACUCCUAAUCUCUAAGGAAAUGGGGCCUUUUGGGAGGUGAUGAGGUUGUGAGGGUGGACCCCUCAUAAAUGAGAUUAGUGCCCUACAAAUAGGCUCAAGGGAGCUCGUUUGCCCAUUCCACUGGCGAGGAGACAGCGAGAAGGCGCCAUCUUUGAACCAGGAAGAGGGCUCUCACCAGAUUCUGAAUCUGCCGACAUUUUGAUCUUGGACUUCCCAGCUUCCAGAACUGUGAGAGAUAAAUUCCUGUUGUUUGUAAACUACCCAGUUCAUGACAUUUUGUUAUAGCAGCCUGAAUAGAGUAAGACACUACCCUAAAACUUGUUCAGUUUUCAGAAGAUUCAGUGAGAGCCAAGUUUUCUUUUCUCAUUGUGAUCAUAGGGAUUGGUUCAUUAGGUAAAUUAAGAAAAUGAAAUUAAAAAUUAGAAAAGGAACUCCAAAAGCAAAAACAACAAAAUAAAAUUCAUUUAUCCUCUUCUCAGAAUUUCAGCCAAAUAAAGGUAUAUCCAAGUUGAACCUCCCAAUCUAAAAAUCUGAAAUCUGAAAUGCUCCAAAAUCCAAAACUUUUUGAGCACCAAUAUAACACCAUAAGUGAAAAAUUCCACAUCUGACCGCAUGUGGCAGGUUGCAGUCAAAUGCAUUUGAAACUUCAUUUCAUGCUCAAAAUUAUUUAAAAUCAUGUAUAAAAUUACCUUCAGGCUAUGUGUAUAAAGUGUAUAUAAAACAUAAAUGAAUUUCAUGUUUAGACUUGGGUCCUAUCCCCUAUCCCAAAGAUACUUCAUUGUGUUUAUGUAAAUGUUCCAAAAUACAAAAACAAAAACCAAAACCCAAGUUUAAAACACUUCUGGUCAGUCCCAAGCAUUAAAGAUGAGGGAGACUCAACUUGUAUCACAACCAGUAUUCCACCUUGGCAAGGCCGACAGCAAGCUUAAAUAACAUGUGCUAAUAUGUUCUCAGUCUCUCUGAAACUAUAGUUGUCAAUUUGUUAUUUUGAUGUUACCUCUAAGUAGUCAUCAAAAAUAAGAAAAUAUUGUGUUACAUUAAGGUUAUGCUAUAAGUCUCAGCUAAAGGAAAGCAGCCCUAAUGAAUUGGUAUCCCAUUUCAUUUAUUGUUAAAAUAUACACCAUGCAUUCAAUAUUCAGUGUUUUUUGAAAUGGUUUGAGCAUAACUCUUUAAUUUAAUAAGAUCUUAAAUACACAUUCUUAUUUAAAGUCAUUUUUGGUUUUCACACUAAAUUAUACUUUUUUCCCUCUACUUUUGCAUUUAUUAACUCUAUUCCUUAAAUUAUUAUCAUUUUUACUUUUUGUUUCUCAAGGAGUUAUCUCAAUUUUGAGGAAUCAUGCUGGGGCAAGGAUUGCAGUUGAAGUAUUUUGCUUUUGGAGUAUAUAAUAGUAUGAAUAAUUUUGUGAUGUUUGGGGGUUUGGAUUACUUUGGGAAGAUCUGUGUCAUUAAACAUCAUAAAAAUAA